AAAAAAUAUGGUUACAUGAAGUACUUACCGAAACGCAACGGUAGCUGCCGCUGUCUACAAAUACCAUCGGCUCAUGCCUAUUGCUGGCGCCAAAAUCAAGAUGGCGGAAUGCACAGUCUUUUGAUUAUCGUACCUGGAAGCACGGGAUAUCUUUACAUCGCCUGGAAGAAUCCUCCUGAAACUGCUGUAGUGUUAGGAAAGAUGGAGUCCACAGAUCAGCAAGUGGUUGGUGUAGCCGCGAUGGAUAAUAAAGACCAAUGGUACGGGGGAGCACAAAAAUAUUGGAAGGAAAUUCCAGCCACUGUUGAUGGUAUGCUUGGGGGAUUUUCAGCAAUUUCGCCUGCUGACGUUUGGGGCUCAACAAAGUUUCUUAAAGAACUAUUGAAUCCUUCACAAAAGAAAAGAGAAUUGAAAACAUCUCAACUGAGACCCCAAGCUCACACUGCUUUAGAUUGUGGUGCAGGAAUUGGCCGCGUCACCAAGCAUGUGUUGCUACCUCUUUUUGAGACAGUCGACAUGGUGGAGCAAAAUCCAGAUUAUUUAGAGAAAGCCAAGGAAUAUUUGGGAGAAAAAAGUUGCAGAAUUGGUCACUUCUACCCAGUUGGAUUGCAGGAGUUUGAUCCUGAGGCUGGGCGAUACGAUGUGAUCUGGUGCCAAUGGGUCAUGCUGUAUCUGACUGAUGAGGACUUUGUCUCGUUUCUGAACCGCUGUAAAAAGGGCCUAAAGGAAGGUGGUGUCGUUUGUGUGAAAGAAAAUGUCAGUAAAAAAGAUUAUGAGUUUGAUGCGGAGGACAGCAGUGUUACAAGAUCACACCGCCAGUAUACUCAACUUUUUAAACAAGCCAACUUGAACUUGAUAAAGCAGGAAACCCAGAAAAAUAUGCCAAGUGACAUCUACAAAGUAAACAUGUAUGCUCUUGCACCAAGUCCAUUGAGAGACAAAGAAACAUAAACAGUACUUGAUAAUAGGAUAUUACAAACUUGGCAUCAAACAACAGGGCAAAACUGUGUUUGGAUGAGAUACAUAGUGUGAACCUGACAAUGAGUAAAAUGGCUACAUGUUCGUAUUUUUCAUGGGCCACAUUACUAAACAAUCCUUUUGUAAAAGGAGAUAGUCUGAAGAAUCUUCCAUGGUCCUCUUGGUAUGACUUCUUGACAUAAGCCUCGGGUGUAGAGGUACCAGAGCAUUUUGUCCAAGACUGAAAGCAAUAGGUUUAGGGAUAAGUUGUUUAUUGCCUUCAUCUUUAUUUGUCGAAAGUGCUGGAACCCUCCAAACCACACCCAAUGUAAUCAACACAUUUUUGUUAAGUUUAUUAUUUAAUGAAAAAAAGAGAAUAUAAACUUAUACGAAAUUCUGCAACAAAAAAUAUAAUAUUCAAGGUUAAGUAAAAUGUAUUAUACAGUA